AUGUUGGCCCUUUCCCUCUUCUGUGUCCUCGCCGUGCCCAUUGGCAUCUUCGCCGUCCCCACGCCAGUGCCAGAAGACGCCUUCUCUCUGGCAAAGCGUGCGGUGUGUGGCUCGACGGCAGGUAUCAACCCGCUGCCUAUCCAUUCGCACAAUGACUACACCCGCAAUGUCGCGCUGUGCGAUGCGCUCGCAAAUUCGGCGUCGAGUAUCGAGGCGGACCUCUGGUGGCGCGAUAACACCCUCUUUGUAGCGCACUUUGAGUUUGAGCGCGAUUCGCGGCGCACACUCCAGUCACUGUAUGUGGAGCCGCUCCUGGCGCUCCUCAAUGCGGCCAACCCGGGCGGGGUCAAGCCAGGCGUGAGGCCAAAAGGCCUCUGGCCAUCGUCGCCCAACACAGCGUUGCAACUCUUGAUUGAGCCUAAGUCUGACGGCAAUGCUGCCUUCCCAGCGAUCGUCGCCGCUCUCAAGCCGCUUGCCGACGCAGGCUACCUAACCUCCUUCAGCAACGGCGUCCUCACCCCAUCCGCCAUCACCGUCGUCGGGACGGGCAACACGCCCCUCGCACGCGUCCAAUCCCAGAACCCACGCACCUUCUUCUUCGACGCGCCCCUCACCGCGCUCGCCCCCGGCUCCAACACGCACUUCACCAGCACCCUCUCCCCGCUCGCGUCCGCUGACUACAUGUCCGUCGUCGGCUGGCUGGGCAUCGGGAGUCUCAGCGCGGACAAGAAGGCGACGAUUAGACGAUUGGUGGGCGAUGCGCAUGCGCGGGGGAUCAAGGUGAGGUUCUGGGGCUCGCCGGGCAGGAUUUUGGGGAUCAACGGGCCGAUGAAGGCGGUGUGGAAGGAGCUGUUGGAUGCGGGUGUGGAUUGGAUGAAUGUGGAUAAUCUGACGACGGCGAGGGAUUAUUAUCUUGAUUACAAGAAGUAG